CCUGAGUGUCCAGUCCCUUCCCCGUUUAGGUUCGAGUUAGUCGUCGUGGCGUAGAGAGCGUAGAGAGAGAGAGAGAGAGAGGGAGAGAGAGAGAGAGAGAGAGAAUGUUGGGAGUGUUCAGCAGCUCGAUCGUGUCCCCGCCCGACGAGCUGGUGGCGGCCGGCUGCCGGACGCCGUCGCCGAAGACGACGUCGGCGGAGCUCGUGCGGCGGUUCCUCCAGUCCAACGCCUCGGGGGUGUCGGUGCAGAUCGGGGACCACGUGCAGCUGGCCUACACCCACCACAACGAGUCCCCGCUGCGGCCCAGAUCGUUUGCGGUUAAAGAUGAGAUUUUCUGCUUGUUCGAGGGAGUACUGGACAACCUGGGCAGUCUCAGGCAGCAGUACGGGCUUGCCAAGUCCGCGAACGAGGUGAUCCUCGUCAUCGAAGCGUACAAGGCGCUGCGUGACCGGGCUCCGUACCCUCCUAACCACAUGGUCGGCCACCUGAGCGGGAAUUUCGCUUUCAUCGUCUUCGACGAGUCCACCUCCACUCUGUUCGUGGCUUCUGAUCAAUAUGGCAAGGUUCCUCUUUAUUGGGGAAUCACUGCCGAUGGGUACGUCGCAUUCGCGAAUGACGCAGAGCUGCUCAAAGGUUCUUGUGGCAAGUCACUCGCUUCAUUUCCUCAAGGAUGCUUCUUCUCCACCGCAGUUGGGGAAAUAAGAUGCUACGAGAAUCCGAAGAAUAAGAUCACUGCAGUUCCUGCAGAUGAAGAGGAGAUCUGGGGAGCAACAUUCAAGGUGGAAGGGCCAGCAGCAGUUCUUGCAGCCACAGAAUGAGAUGAAACCGGGGUGUCCUGUAAUGUUGAUGUUUGAAGUUAUGUACCCAUCUGAGGAAAGAGAGGGAGACAUGUUCCUGUGGCUUUUGGUGGUUCAUGACUCAGGAGAGCUCAAUACAGAUCCAACGAAGUGUAAAGAGAGAGAGAGGGAGAGAGAGUGGGGUCGUGGGGGAGAUGUGAACUGGUGGUGGUCAGUUGGAGGGAGUUGCAACUGUUGUAAUCCUUUGUAGCUUAGGUUUGAGUUUUCCUUUUGCUGUUGCUCAUUUGAUUUUUAUCUUUUGACCAAUGUACAAGUUACGGCUAUGCUGUCCUGUGUGUCUAAUAAAAGCUUGGUUGAAAGUUGGGUUGUGUUA